AUUCAAAUAAUGCUUUGAUGAGUUUAUUUUACAAAGUGUAUUAUGCUGGGAAUAUUGAUUUGGUGUUGUGGUUUGAGUAAAUUUUAAAAAAUGCAAAUGUGAAAGGUUUUUUAAUUCAAGGGUAUUUUAGUACUUUUAAACAUAUUCAACAAUUUUUUCUUUCUUAUUUCUUGUCUCUUUCUUUUAUGCCAAACAAUAUAUUAAAUCUACUCUAUUUCUCUCUUCUCACACUCUCUCACAUAUUUCUCUCUUCUCACUUUCUCUACACAUCCAAUCGAGGAGCUAGGAAUCCUCUCCUGUGCUUUUUUUAUGCAAUGCAAUCGCAAUCACACCCUAAAAGUUAAUGUUAUCUAAAUACAUCAAACUUUAACUUUAUGAUAAAUCUAAAAAACAAAUAUGUUUAGCUUAUUCCUUUGGUAGAAAGACUCACCCCAUAAGCAACACACCCCAUGCAAUGCAAUGAUGAUGUCCCCCUUGAUCUAGAUUUCAUGGUAUCAUCUUUUUUGAAUUAAAGCCUGAAACCAAAAAAGAAACCUUUGAAAACUUUCCCAAACUUGAUCACUCAUUCAUGGCGAUCUUAACAGAAGAACAAAAUCAACAACAACCUAAACAACACUCAACCAAAACAAAAACCAAGUCUUCCCACAAACCCAAAACACAACAACCUCAAUUAUCUUUCUGGUUCUACUUCACUCUUUCAAUUUCUCUCAUAACCCUCUUCUUCUUCUUCUUCUUCUUCUUCAUCUUCACUUCUUCAUCCCUUUCACCACAAAAAUCGUUACUUAACUUACCCACAACUCUCCGUAAACACUACUCCAAUGGCAGAACAAUCAAAGUCCAAAUUCAUCCAAAUCAACCACCCAUUCAACUCUUCACCUUCCAGCGAGCUCCCAAUACUCAAACACCUUCAGAAACUGUUCUCAUUCUUCAUGGUCAAGCUCUCAGUUCAUACUCUUAUCGGAAUCUUGUUCAAUCUCUUAGCACACAAGGUGUUCGAGUUAUUGCCAUUGAUCUUCCUGGUAAUGGGUUUUCUGAUAAAUCGGUAGAAGUUUCUGUUGAAGGGUUGGAUGGGAUUUUUGGGAGGUUUAGUUAUGUUUAUAGUGAAAUUCAAGAAAAGGGUUUUUUUUGGGCUUUUGAUCAAAUUGUUGAAACGGGUCAAAUUCCUUAUGAGGAAGUUCUUGCUCGAAUGUCGAAGAGGAAAGUUAGUAUACCGGUUGAUUUGGGUCCAGAAGAGAUUGGAAAAGUUUUGGGACAGGUUAUUGAUACAUUAGGGUUAGCACCUGUUCAUUUGGUUUUACAUGAUUCAGCUUUAGGGUUUGCUGCUAAUUGGGUUUCUGAGAAUUCUAAUUUGGUUUCAAGUUUGACGCUUGUUGAUACACCGCCUUUGAAUUCGGGUGCUUUUCCUAUUUGGGUUUUGGAGGUUCCUUUGAUUAGAGAGGUGGUUUUAGGGUUGCCUUUGGUUUUUGAAAAAGUUGUGAAUUUUUGUUGUUCUAAGAGAAUUGGUGGUUUGGAUGCUGAUGCACAUAGGGUGCUGUUGAAGACUGGGGAUGGAAGGAAAGCGGUUGUGGCUACUGGAAAGAAUUUGAAUUCUAGCUUUGAUUUGGCUGAAUGGGGUGGUUCUGAUGGAUUGAAAGAUAUGCCAAUGCAAUUGAUCUGGUCUAGUGAUUGGUCUGAAGAAUGGAUCCGUGAAGGGAAUCAGGUUGCUGGCGCUCUUCCGCGGGCGAAGUUUGUUACACAUUCUGGAGGCCGGUGGGCUCAGGAGGAUGUAGCAGUUGAGAUAGCUGGAAAAAUUUCUCAGUUUGUCUUGUCACUACCAAAGACUGUCAGAAAAGUUGAGCAAGAGUCCUCCAUCCCAGACCACAUACAGGAGAUGUUUGAUGAAGCUAAAACUGAUGGUCACGGUCAUGAUCGCCUUGGUGAAGAUGACAUCCAUGAAGUUGGUUACAUGGACGCGUAUGGACUCGGUCACGGACCUCGUGAUUUGUGAAAGUGAUCACCGAAUAUUGCUAGCUAAUAAUAUUCACGCUAGUAGAUAUCACUCUGUCAACAAAAGCCGAUAUGUUGUAUGUUAAUUUAUUUUAGCUGUUUUACAUUUUCAAGUGUGGUGAGAAGAUUGUGUGGCUUAUGUAACAAUUAUGCAUAGGGAGACUCUUGUUCUAACCGAAAAUCUAAUUACAUAUUACACUCUCGUUUGGAGCCAGUUUUUGUGUUUGGAUUUAGAAACAAUUUUUUGAAUGUGUUUGUCAAGAUGAAAUGUUAAUCAUGUGUACUUGAAAUAUUUUGGUUAUUUUGAUGGCUGAGUAAUGUUUGAGUUUGAUGUAUUUAA